AUGCCGUACGUGAAACAGGGUGCAAGGUUCCCUGAGCAUAACAUUCAGGUCUUUGCUAUGCAUGCUCAGUGGUCAGUUGCAGCUGAGCUCAUCACCUGCCUUCAUCGCUAUGAAAAGCGGACUGCUUCCAAGGUUUGUGAUUAUGUUGUGAUUCCAAUGCUUCGUGUGAUAAAGGCUGCGUAA